UCUGUGUGUCUCUAAUGCUGAGCUCAGCCUGUUUACCAAGAUGGCUCAAAGGAAAAGGAGUUUUACUUUUGGAGCAUAUGGAGGAGUUGACAAGACAUUCUCCAGAGCUCGAAGCUUAUGGAAACAGGAUGGAGGAGAGGCACGUAUCUCUAGCACUCUAGACGCCACACUGCUCCAGGCUCCGCUGCCCUACACUGCCCCUGCAUUCCUAAAGACUACUGAUUUAUUUGAAAUGAUUGAAAGAAUACAGAGCAACAGAAUGGAUGAACAGCGGUGUACCCUUCCUCCACCCCUUAAAACUGAGGAGGACUACAUCCCAUACCCUAGUGUUCAUGAGGUGUUAGGCAGGAAAAGCCCUUUUCCACUGAUCCUGCUGCCUCAGUUCGGAGGUUACUGGAUCGAAGGCACCAACCACGAGCUGAGCAAUGGAAAUGACUUGGAUCAAUUGCUGUCUCCUACGUCCCACAUCAAGCUGGAAACCAACACUACAGCCAGGAUCUUCCGGAAACACUUCAUGGGAAAGGAGCAUUUUAAUUACUACACAAUGGACAGCGCUCUGGGCCACCUGGUCUUCUCAGUUAAAUACGAAGUGAUUGGGGACCAGGAGCACCUCCGUCUGAUGUUAAGGAGCAAAUUGAAGACAUAUCACGAUGUGAUCCCGAUAUCAUGUCUGACUGAAUUCCCCAAUGUUGUCCAGAUGGCCAAGCUUGUGUGUGAGGAGGUGAAUGUGGAUCGCUUCUUCCCAGUGCUUUACCCAAAGGCUUCGAGGCUUAUUGUGGCUUUUGAUGAGCAUGUCAUCAACAACAACUUCAAGUUCGGAGUAAUAUAUCAGAAGUUUGGACAGACUGUUGAGGAGGAGCUGUUUGGAAAUAAUGAGGAAAGUCCUGCAUUUGUGGAGUUUUUAGAGUUUUUGGGUCAGAAGAUCGAGCUCCAUGAUUUUAAAGGAUUUCGGGGAGGCUUGGACGUGACACACGGGCAAACGGGCACAGAAUCAGUCUACUACAAUUUCCAUAACAAAGAGGUCAUGUUCCACGUAUCCACCAAGCUCCCCUACACGGAAGGUGACAUGCAGCAGCUGCAGAGAAAGAGACAUAUAGGAAAUGACAUUGUCGCCAUUGUGUUCCAAGAAGAGAACACUCCAUUUGUGCCAGACAUGAUUGCAUCAAACUUCCUUCAUGCCUACAUUGUGGUACAAGUGGAGAAUGCGUGUUCUGACAAUGUCCUGUACAAGGUGUCAGUGACUGCAAGAGAUGAUGUCCCAUUCUUUGGACCGGCCCUUCCUGAUCCUGCCAUAUUCAGGAAAGGAUCAGAGUUCCAUGAGUUUUUAUAUACAAAGCUAAUCAACGCUGAGCACGCCUGUUACAAAGCUGAGAAGUUUGCCAGACUUGAGGAGCGCACUCGGGGAGCCCUGCUGGAGACACUGUACGAAGAGUUGCAUAUCCACAGUCAGGCCAUGAUGGGGCUCGGUGGGGAUGAGGAGAAGCUCGAGAAUGGAGGAGGUGGAGGAGGGGGCUUCUUCGAGUCUUUUAAGCGGGUGAUACGCAACAGGAGCCACUCUCUGGAUGCCAUGAGUUUCAGUAUCGGGAAGCGCGUGGUCUCCUCUAGUCACAGCGGCAGUUUUACCCACAACAACAACAACAACGAUCAGCUGCACUCACCAGAGACCCCCAAAUACGCUGGGAUAUCAUUGCUUGUCCCAGGGAAAAGUCCCAGUAAAUACGGACGUCGCGGCAGUGCCAUAGGGAUAGGAACGAUAGAAGAGUCUCUGAUCAUUCCUGGGAAAAGUCCAACGAGGAAAAAGUCUGGCCCAUUCAACUCUCGCAGGAGCAGUGCUAUCGGCAUCGAGAACAUCCAGGAGGUGCAGGAGAAAAGGAUUGCCGCUCUUUUGUCAGAGGACAGGACAGUGCUCUGUGUCUCUCUACCCAGCGUCAGUCUCAGGAACGGCAGACUCAUCAUGGAUUCCUCAAACAGCAGGGACAGUUCACCGAGCACACAGAAGACUCCUGACAGUGGACACAUUUCACAGGAACCCAGGUCUGAAAAUUCAUCCAAUCAGAGCUCACCUGAGGUCCUUGUCACUAAGAACAACUCAGCCAUGUGCUUCAGAGUUCCUUCCAUCCCUGAAGCUAAUGACUUGUCACGUUCCUCCUCAAAUGCCAGCAGCUUUGCAAGUGUGGUGGAGGAGAACGUGACCGAGGCCACUGAGGACUACGAUACAGGCAUGGAAAGUCUGUCAUCAGCAGGGACACCACACAAGCGGGACUCGUUCACCUACAGCACAUGGCUGGAGGACAACGCAAACAACAUCACCACCACCAGAAGUUCUCCUGGUACAGGCAAACCUCCCGACGGUGGUAAAGGUCAUGAGCAGAACCGGACGGACAUCCGCUUCAAACUAGAUCGACCGCUUGACCACAAGUCUACAUCGAGCUGCUAGCCUCGCCAAUCUGAUUACGUCAUGGCUCUCCAUCAACAGCUACCAUUAUAGCAUUCCUAUAAAACUCACGAGCUCGGGUUUUCACCGUGACUGCUACUGCUGCUGAA